AUGGAGAUAUUAUAUCUUUGUAGAAAAAGAAAACUGAGAGAUGGAGCGGAGAUCCUGAGGGCCACAGUCGCGGCUCUGAGGGCCGUCCCCACUGACACCAUCUACGGUCUGACCUGUGUGGCCCCGGACUCAGCGGCGCUCAGGGGAGUUUAUGAUAUCAAAGGAAGGAACGGAGACAAACCUCUGGCCAUCCGUGUCGGAGAAAUGCAGGACAUCUACAGUAUUUGUGCUGUAUAUACUUCAGUGUCUGUGAAGGAGGAGCUGCUCAGAGAUCUGCUGCCUGGAUCUGUGACCCUCGUUCUGGAAAGAUCCUCCUCGCUGAACAGAGACCUCAAUCCUUUUACCAAGCUGAUAGGGGUUCGUGUUCAGGGUCAUCCGUUCAUGAGGCGUCUCUGUCAGAUGUUCGGUGAGCCGCUUGCUCUCACCAGUGCUAACCUCAGCACACAAGCCAGCACAGUAGCUGCUAAUGAGUUUGAGGAUCUGUGGCCCAGUCUGGCUGUUGUGGUGGACGCCGGCUCGAUUGGAGAUAAAAGUUGUUUGGGUUCAACAGUUGUGGAUCUGUCUGUGUGCGGCAGAUACCGUAUAAUCAGACCGGGAUGUGCUCUCUCUGCUACAGUUCAGGUACUUGAGGGCAAGCAUGGGCUGCUGGAGGAUCCUGUCAACCAAUGA